AUGGAGAGUCAGGAUGAGAGAGAGGGCAGUCCUCCGAAGUCGGACAGGGGGUUCGCGCUGACUUACAUCGGCUGGUCCACGCUCGACAGGCGGACCACCCUGCCCAUGCUGCCGUGGCUGGUGGCUGAGAUCCGCAGGAAGAGUGAGAAGGGCGACUGCGGCCCCGUGGUGCAGCCGAGAGAAGUUCAGCUGGCCCUAAACCCCCCCUUCAUCCGAUGCGUCCCCUCCAACAGCAACAACUCUUCAGUCUUUAUAUUCGAGCACAAAGCACAGCUCAUCUCUCGCUUUAUCCACAACAGCAAUGACCUCACCUAUUUUGCUUAUCUCCUGCGGGGCCAGCCUGACAACCCCGAGUCCGAGAUGUCCUGUCACGUCUUUAAGGCCUGCGACCCCAACAAGGUCCCCGAGGUGAUCAGCAGCAUUCGCCAAGUGUCCAAAUCAGCCCUUAAAGGAGACGCCAAGCCCAAACAGGAAGCUGACGAGGCCUUCUACAACUCCCAGAAGUUUGAAGUGCUUUAUUGUGGCAAGGUGACCGUUCUGCAUAAAAAGGCUCCGUCCACCCUCAUCGAUGACUGCAUCGAUAAGUUUCAUCUUCACGAAGUUGAGCGCAAGCGCCUGCGCCUGCUCAACGGUCAGCGAGGGUCCACAGAGAGUCCCCCUGUGGAGUUCCUCAUCGGCGGAGAAGGAGACCCACUCUCCUCUGUUCUGAAUGAGAAUAUAGAAGAGCCUGCAGGAGAGGAAACGACUGGAGGUGGAGGUAAAGGCCUGUCCAGCAGUACCAGUCAGAGCAGCCUGCGAGGAGCGUUCCCCGAGUGCAUCCUGGAGGACUCUGGCUUUGAGGAGCCCCAGGAGUUCCGCACACGCUGCAGCAGUUUGGCAGGGAGUCUGCAGAGGAAGCCGGGCGAAGGCGUCAUCAUGGGUCCCACACGCCGCCGACACUCGAGCGCACCCAAUCAUGUUCAGCCAUCUGAUUCAGACAAGAACCGCACCAUGCUCUUCCAGGUCGGACGUUUUGAAGUAAAUCUCAUAAGUCCAGAUAGUAAAACAGUGGUGCUGGAGAAGAACUUCAAAGAUAUCUCAUCCUGCUGUCAGGGUGUGAAGCAGUCUGACCAUUUUGGAUUCAUCUGUCGGGACCAAUCGGAGCCUGGUCCCAGUCAGUAUGUGUGCUACGUUUUCCAGUGUGCCAACGAGUCCCUGGUGGAUGAGGUGAUGCUGACCCUGAAGCAGGCCUUCACCACAGCAGCAGCCUUACAGAGCAACAAGACCCAGGUCCAGCUAUGUGAAGCCUGCCCCAUGCACGACCUGCACAAGCUUUGCGAGCGGAUUGAGGGUCUUUACCCACCCAGAGCAAAAAUAGCCAUCCAAAAAUAUCUCUCCCAGCUGACUGACAAUGAGCAGGCUGAGAUUUUUGAGCGAGUUCAGAAAUUGAAGCCCGGGUCAGACCAAGAGGAGAACGAGUUGGUGAUUCUCCAUCUGAGACAGGUCUGUGGAACCAAACAGAAGUCCCACCUCCACAUCGGAGAGGCCCCACAGAAUGCAUCAAACAGCUCAUCUGCAGGAGACAGCGCAGCCACCAGCAGUCGCUUCAAACUUGAUGCUCUCAAGAAUAAAGCACGCACCUCCCUCACCAGCUCCCUGGAGAACAUCUUCGCAAGGGGUGCCAGCAGGAUGCGAGGCCGUUUGGGAAGCAUGGGAAGCAUCAGCGGUUUUGAAAGGCAGGAUGAAGAAUCUCCCGGUCACUCCCCUCCAGGUUCCCCUCCCGCUUUCCCAGACGAUGACCCGGAAGCCGGCAUGCAGUUCCGUCGGCGUGCGCACACCUUCAGCCAUCCACCUGUGAAGAAACGCAUCUCUUUCGAGGGACAGCCAGCCAGCCAGAAUAAACAACCUCCACUGCGCAGACAGCAGUCUGUUAACCCGGAGCUGCUGCAGAGCAGUCCCGUGGCUGUCUCCAGAACGCGCAGCGUUUCGGAGAGCGAGUCCAGCUUCAGCCUCCCCUCCUCCUUCUCCGCCCCCACUUUCCUGAAAAGCAUUUACCAGGGCUCUCUGGGCUCCCUGAGCUCCCUGGCUGACAGUGGGAGCCUCAAGAGCAAUGGGGAAGGCAGGAAGAGGACCCUGUCUGGCUGCAGCACUGACUCACUGAGUGGAGGUCUCCCUCCGACCCCACGCAGGGUCUCCUGGAGACAGAAGAUCUUCCUGAGGGUUGCUUCGCCCAUGAACAAGCCGCCUGCAUCCAUGCAGCAGCCAGACUACUCUGAUGGCAGGGAGCUGCUGCCUCUCUCUCCUCGUGGCUUUGACUCAAGUCUCGACCCUCUGAGGCGUCUGCUGCCACAGGCAGGUGACCCCCUGACUGGGGAGAGGCCCAAGAGGACGGGGGCUGACUACAGGGCCCUCUGGAAGACCGCCAUCCACCAGCAGAUCCUGCUGCUGCGCAUGGAAAAGGAGAACCAGAGACUGGAGGCGAGCAGGGACGAGCUGCACAUCCGUAAGAUGAAGCUGAACUACCAGGAAGUGGGCCAGUGCUCCAAAGAUGCGCAGGCGUUGUGGGAGAGAAAACUGACGGCCCCGGGCAGAACGACAGUCCCACAAGACAAGGAGGAGAUGUACCGCGCACUCUGCCAAGGUGUUCCCAAGAGCAGGCGUGGGGAGGUCUGGCUGCUCCUUUCCCAUCAGCAGCGGCUGCGUCACAGGCUGCCCCAGCGUCAGCAGGCCCCGGACACGCCCUACCACGACCUGCUCAAGCAGCUCACUGCACAGCAGCACUCUAUUCUGGUGGAUCUAGGCCGGACCUUCCCCACCCACCAGUACUUCUCAGCCCAGCUGGGUGCAGGGCAGCUUUCCCUCUACAACCUGCUGAAAGCUUAUUCUCUGCUGGAUACAGAGGUUGGCUACUGCCAGGGUAUCAGCUUUGUAGCUGGAGUGCUGCUGCUGCACAUGAGUGAAGAACAGGCUUUCGACAUGCUCAAAUUCUUCAUGUACGACCUCGGCAUCCGGCAGCAGUUCAGACCUGACAUGGUCUCUCUGCAGGUUCAGAUGUACCAGCUCUCCAGACUGCUGCACGACUACCACCGCGAGUUGUACAAUCACUUGGAGGAGCACGAGAUCUGCCCGAGCCUCUACGCAGCGCCCUGGUUCCUCACUCUCUUCGCCUCACAGUUCCCCCUCAACUUUGUGUCCCGCAUCUUUGAUUUUGUGUUUGUCCAAGGGACUGAGGUGAUCUUUAAAGUGGCUCUCUGUCUGCUGAGCAGCCAUGAGGGGGAGAUAGUGGAGUGUGACAGCUUUGAGAGCAUUGUGGACUAUCUGAAAACUACACUUCCUGCUCUCACUCUGACACAGAUGGAGCAGACCAUUUCAAAGGUGAUGGAGAUGGACAUUUCCAAGCAGCUGCAUGCGUACGAGGUGGAGUACCAUGUCCUGCAGGACGAGCUGUUGGAUUCAGGGCCGCUGCCUGACGACUCCGACCGGCUUGACAAGCUAGAAAAGACGAAUGUGCAGUUGAAGAAACAGAACAUGGACCUGCUGGAAAAACUUCAGGCUGCACGGCAGAAAAUUCAGACACUGGAGACGAGCGUAGAGAACUUCCUUUCUCGGGAGAGCAAAAUGAAGCACAUGAUUCGCUCUCUGGAGCAGGAGAGGGCAGCUUACCAGAAGACCAUUGAACGCAUGCGCUCAUGCCUUCCCCCUGACGCCCUGACAGAUGUGGAGAUGACCCAGAUCAAAACAGGACCCAACGGGAAAGCCAAAACUGCAGCCAAGAAGCCCUGAUGGCAACCAGGGGGCUGGCUGCUCUGGGCAGACACACAGGCAGAGACUGAAGUGAACAAAUGGAGACUGCUUUAGUGGAAGGCUGCUGAGCUCCAUGGCUAUUGUUGUGCUGCUGCAUAGGAGAAGCAGUCGUUUUGUAAAUGUGUGUUGUCUGGAGAUGUUCAGACAGUAUGGGAAAAUAUCUACGUGGUUAUUUGUCAGCAUAUGAUAAAGCAGUGGGAGGAUGGUUUCAGUUAUAUUAGCAAACAGACUGUUCCAUCAGUGCAUCAAAGCUGCUGUUCUGUCUCAUCUGUUUCACUGCCAGUUUGAAGGUGAGAUCUAGAUGCACAACAUCCUUCCUUAUUUAGAUCUUUUUGGUAAUCACAGGGGAAUUUUCUAAUUGACAUAAGUGAGAAAUGUGUCUGCCUUUGCAAAUCCUUUUUGAUCACUGCCUUGAUGUUUUUACUACCAGUCUACGUAGCACCACGGAAGCAGUGAAUGGAAGUUGCCUGUUGGCAGACAAUCAUUUGGACCUCAGGUUCAACUUAUAGCCAUUACCAGUGUGUAUGAUCUUGAGGUUGAUGCCCUAUUGUGUUUUUUUUGCGCGUGUGUCAGUAACGGAAGCUCUGCCUCAGACUUAUCACAUUGCUUUGUCAUUAAUUUGUAUUCACUUUGUGAAUGUACUUUCCCUCCAAAGAUCACAGUGAUAACAUUCUGUUUUCAAAGACAUCUGAGGGCAACUCUGCCAUAUUAGGCUUUAAAUUUCAGCAGACAUAUAUGGUAACUCAUCCCUAAGCACUGCACCACUGCCUUCACGUGAGAGAUGUUUUAGUACGUGCACUUGCUACUUUAAAGGAGGAAGUGUUUCUUCCAAAGCUCAGGCAGGAUGUGAGGUCGUCUGCCUUCUCAGUUUCCUGUGUGACUGACCGCGGUGUCGCCUCGUUUUAGCACCACGUUCAGACACCGAGGCAGAGUUCACGCACCCAAAGAGGCCCUGAAAAACAGACUUAAGAUUGAGGAGUGAUCUGAAUGUACAGCUUCUGUGCGAGUCGGUGUGACAUUUUUGUUUUUGUCACGCUGAGGUUUGACAAAGCUAGCAACAGCCUGCUUCUUCUCAUAGUUCCUGAAACUGGGAGCUACAAGCAGUAAGUGCUAAGAUUUCAAGACAACAAAUAUCUGCAGUUGCAUUUCUUUUGGUCACAAGGCCAAUUUUAUGUACGCAGUGAAGUGUUUCUGUAAGUAGAGAGGCUGUGCAGUUUCCUUUUGAGUGGGGACAAGUCUUUCCUCAUACUGGGCAAUGUACACAGCAUAUGUACACACUUGCAUACAAAUAAGCUGUGCAGUGAACUGUCUGACUGCACGGGCAGACAGUUCAAAUGAGUUCAAAGAGUGUCCCUGGCUCUCUCCUCUGUUUUGUUUUAUUCCACCUCCGUGUCUGACUCACCAUCGCCAGUUGUGAUUGAAAGCAAAACAAUCCUGGGCUCGACACCGCUUUCAUAAAACACCCUUACAUUAAAACCAAGGUGAUGUCUAUCACAAGAAAAGUACUUACUCACAGUGUCUAUAAGUCUUCCUGUCCUUGGUUACAUGUUGAGGUGACACAUUUUUUUGUCUGUUUCAGUGUAAAGUUUUAUCUCAAACUUUAGUCCAAGCAGACAUAUCCUUUGGCAUACAAUGCAAUGUGUUUUUUUUUUUUUUUGCAUAAACCCAAAGCACUUGCUUGCUUCUGCUAAGUUCCAGGAGAUGCAGCUUUACACAUAAAGUUCGAUAGGUUGAUAAAUCCGUCCUGACGUUCUCUGUCAUGGUGAAAUGUUCUUGUGAAAAUUGAGGUGACGCUGUAAAGCAUUGCACCAAACUUCUCAUAAAUAAUAGAGAAAUAUUCACCUCUGAACGGCAGGGGUUCUCCAACAGUUCAGAGAGCGAAACAUAUCACCAACUCAUUCUGAAAUCUGUCAAAGGAUACGUAGGAUACAGUCCUACAGAGCUUUCCUGUCUCUUUUUGUUUUUUUUGCUCAUACAGUAUUUGUGCAUCAUAAAAAAAUUGAUAAUUGAAGAUGCGGUUGCUUUUCGAAAAUGAAUGAAUGAGAAAUUAAUUUUGAUCCAAAAUGCUGUGAUGUAUUAUAUGUUUGUUUUUUUGUCACUAUACCUUUUCAGCUUUCUUUAGGUUUAGACAAAAGCUUGAAAAGAAACCAAAUACUGGCGGUAAAAACUUGACACUUAAGAAAAUAAGACCAUUGGCAGACUUGUUUACUCAUCAUUCUCAUCUUAUUCCUUUGUGCCAAAAAUAAAUAAUGGCCUUUAUUCUCUAUUAAUUGGAGAUAUGAGACCAUUCUGUCAAUAUCUAAUGUUAAGCACAUCAUUGUGGUCAGGAAAGGCUCUUUACUAUUUUACAUCAGGUGCUCCAAGUUCUGACUACUAAAUAGUGCUUGCAUCACUGUGUUGUAAGGAAGACAACAAUAGACGGAUUGUUUUUCUGUCAACAUGAGGGCUACACAGAAACAAAGACACUGUCAUGAAUUCUUCAAUAAACUUCACCUUGCCUUGUU